CAAUUAAAGAAGCCAAAGGCUACAAGCUAGCUUUGCUUUUAUAAGAGUGUAGAUGAUCUCUUUAUGCACGUACCUGUAAAUGUUAAAAUUGAGUAGCACGACGUAGGGGCGCAAAGAUCAUCUGAUGGUGGUGCAGAUGAAGGCGUCUGGUGCUGGUGGCCGGCGGCGGCAGAGGUGCCACAGAAAGAGGUUGAAGGAGGAGGAGGAGGAGGAGGAGGUGGUGGCCGAGACACAGAGGAUGAUUCACAUUGCUGUGGAGCGCAACCGCCGGAAGCAGAUGAACGACUACCUCGCCGUCCUCCGCUCACUCAUGCCGCCCUGCUACGCUCAAAGAGUUGAUCAAGCGUCCAUCGUCGGAGGAGCGAUCAGCUUCGUCAAAGAUCUCGAGCGAUCAGUCGAAUUCCUGGAGGCUCAGAAGCGGAUUAAGCACAAAUCUGACGCAACCGCAGGCGAAAACAUGGCAGCGGCCGCCGAUGUCGAGGUCAGCCUCCAGGACCGCCAUGCCAACGUCAAGAUUUUCUCUCGGCGUAGGCCGAGGCAGCUGCUGAGCCUUGUGCUGGCCUUCCACACUCUCCGACUGACGCCGAUCCACCUAAACGUCACCACCAUCGACGCCAUGGUCCUCUACGGCUUCAAUCUCAAGGUGGAAGAUGAUUGCCAUUUUACAUCAGUGGAUGCAAUUGCCACUGCAGUUCACCAAAUCAUUGCAAGGAUCCGAGAGGAAUUAAGCUGAUGGAUCAAUAUAAUAUUGCUAAUUGAUACCGAUCUUUCAAAUUUCUAUCAUACUCUAUUUUCUAUGUUAUUAUUUCAGAUAUCUGUUUGUUAUAUAUGUUCUU